UGAUAUUUGAACAAGUCACAUGGAUAAUGAAAAAAUUACUUAUUUUACAUUUUUGAAUCCAUUUGAUUUCGAUAUGCAGCAUUUUUCUCUUCGGCAAUGGCAUAUGGCAAUUGAAUUUGACAUUGACAGACGUCUAACUACGCUCGCUAAAAGAUUUACUGAAUAUUUCAUGAAAUCACAUAUGUCAACAAAGACUCCUAGUAGAAUUUACAUUAAUCCUUAUGAACAAAAAUAAUAAAAAAUCGGUAGAAAUGGUUGCGACAAAAAAUAAAAAUAAAGUUGUGGUGCCUUGUUCAACACCAGAGCAUCGGCAGGACUCACCGUCAAGAGACAGCGACUCGUUAUGUGACUCGGAGGCAGCAAGCCCCGUCCCAUUCUUCUGUACACAGGAUGGAGCAGAAGGAGAAACAGAUGUAGUCUGGAAUUUCUACACACCAAAAUCAGAACAGGCUCAAAAAUCACGUUUUAAAAAUUCAACUCCAGUCAGUCGCAAAUCAAAAAGAGUGAUAAAACCUAAAAUAAUAGAAAAAUUACCUCCAAGACGAAGACCAUUAAAACCAACACACAAGAAAACUGCAUUAUUCCAAGAGUUAAUAGAACUCAAUCAAAAUUUACAUGAACUUAUGACCCAGAACCCUCAAAACUUAGCUACAGAAAAAUUAAAUUCUGGAAGUGAAGAUGAUAUCUUCAAUGAAUCACCAGAAUUCUCCCCCAAGAGUAGAGUUAGAAGUAAUUCACGAUGCUUGAGAAGAAAUGUGUUAAGCUCUAAUUUUGUAAAAACUGAUCCGGAAACAGCUUUGGAAUCAGAUGAUUCUAUGAAUGAGUGUUUAAUUAAGGCCAGUCAAGUUGUCGAAGAAAACAUCUUAAAUGAAGCCCCCGCUGUCAAAAAACCUUGUUAUGAACGUAAUUAUAAGAACAAGUUAUUUACCUCAGACAUCAAUUUUAAAAUGGACCAGGAUUCUAUGGAUGCUAUUCUGAAUAGUAUAAAAUUGGAUUCACCAAUGGUCUAUAAAGCAAAACAAAUAAGUUCACCACAGAUGAACAAUGAUUCUUUUGACAGUUUGGUUGGCAAUCUGAAUGACAGUACUCUAGAAAAACUUACACAGAUGCCUGCAAAAAUGGACACAUCAAAAAGGAAAAGUAGGCUAAAUGAAUCUAGAUCAGAUGGGAACAAUUGGACGAUAAAAGAGUUAAUUGUUCAUGAAAGUAGCCCAUCAUCAAAAUCAAUAUUUAGUCGCCAUAACUCUAUGCCAGUGUCACCAUCAGUAACAAACCAGGGUAAACCAUCUACUAGUGGCAUGGCAUUUGGAAGAUAUAACUCAAUGCCUUUUAGGAAGGAUGCAGAUGCUACUAUAGUUCCAGGUGAUUCUCCAAUCAGAUGUACUCCAGAAGAAAUAAAAAAGAAACAUCAGUUGGCAAGAGAAAAAUUGUUGGCAAAGAGGCUCUUGCCAUUUACAGUCACACAGAAUUCAUCACAGAGUAGCAAUUCUGCCAAUUCCACACAAAUGACCCAACAACCAAUAUCAAAGAUAAUUGAAAAGCAAUUUGAACAUAAAAGGGAUCUAGAACCACUUGUGCCUAAAAAAGUUCAGUUUCAACCUAAAGUUGCCAGUAGUGCAGCAACUAUGAAAAAUAAACUGAACACAGUGAACUCUGACCCAAAACCCACCAAUAGUUCUGAAGAUUUAAAAUUGUUAAUUGAAAAGAAACGACAAGAAGCAUUAAUGAAAUUAAGACGCCGACAAAUUCAAAGCAAAAUCGUUUAGUUGUACAAUUUGAUUUUAAUUUGUAAGAAAAAUUAUGAUUGUGUGAUUUAUUUAUGAAAUAAACGUGAUUAUUAAUAUAA